GAUAGGAAGCUCGAGAGAGAAUUCACACUGGAUGAAGAUAAUUUCCUGAAGCUGGAUAUAUUCCAGGAACUGUAACCCAAAUGUUUCUCUGUCCGUGGAGAAGAUUUCACGUUUGAAAUAACUUCUACUGAAGCUAGGUGUGUCCCAUCAUCAUGUUCUGGAAGUUUGAUUUGAACACAACAUCGCAUGUGGAUAAGCUGCUGGAUAAAGAAGAUGUGACACUUCACGAGCUGAUGGAUGAAGAUGACAUCUUACAGGAGUGCAAGGCUCAGAACCGCAAGCUGCUGGACUUCCUCUGCCAGCAGCACUGCAUGGAGGAGCUGGUCAACCUCAUCACACAUGAGCCCCCUGUGGAUAUGGAUGAGAAGGUCCGCUUCAAAUACCCAAACACGGCCUGCGAACUGCUGACCUCGGACGUGCCCCAGAUCAACGACAAGCUAGGAGGGGAUGAAACUCUACUGAAUAUCCUCUAUGACUUCUUGGAUCACGAGCCUCCUUUGAACCCGUUGCUUGCCAGUUUCUUCAGUAAGACGAUUGGGAAUCUCAUUGCAAGAAAAACAGAACAGGUGAUUGCAUUUUUGAGGAAAAAAGACAAAUUUAUUAGCCUGGUGCUAAAGCAUAUAGAUACAUCAGCAAUGAUGGACCUCCUGCUUCGUCUCAUCAGCUGCGUGGAGCCCGCAACGCUACGGCAGGAAGUUCUGAAUUGGCUUAAUGAAGCAAAAAUUAUUCAGAGACUCGUGGAACUGAUCCAUUCAAGCCAGGAUGAGGAUAGGCAAUCAAAUGCUUCCCAGACCCUGUGUGAUAUCAUAAGACUGAGCAGAGACCAGAGCAAUCAACUCCAGGAUAUACCUGAGCCUGAUCCACUUCUCACAGCACUGGAAUCGCAGGAAUGUGUGGAGCAACUCCUGAAGAACAUGUUCGAUGGAGAACAGACUGAAAAUUGCAUAGUGAAUGGAACACAAGUUCUUCUAACGUUGCUGGAAACAAGGCGCUCUGGGGUGGAAGGACUGAUGGACUCAUACACUCAGGGAUUUGAAAGGUCUUACACUGUCAAUAGCAGCAUCUUACAUGGUAUUGAACCAAGGCUAAAAGAUUUCCACCAGCUGCUGCUCAGCCCUCCCAAGAAAACAGCAAUCCUAACUACAAUUGGUGUCUUGGAAGAGCCACUGGGGAACGCUCGUCUUCACGGAUCUCGUCUAAUAGCUGCUCUGCUUCACACAAACACUCCCAGUAUUAAUCAGGAACUAUGCAGACUCAGUACCAUGAAUUUAUUACUUGACUUAUUUUUUAAAUACACAUGGAAUAACUUUUUGCAUUUCCAAGUGGAAUUGUCCAUAGCAGCUAUUCUCUCACACUCUGUGCAAGAGGGAAAAACAACUACUAAUGACCUAGAAAGCAAAGAAGAGGUGCUGAAUGGAAAUGUGGCCACAGAGAACUUAGAGGCUCCAGAAAACAAUCCCGAGAAUAUCAUGGUUACUCAUUUGUUCCAGAAAUGCUGCCUAGUGCAAAGGAUAUUGGAUGCCUGGGAAGCCAAUGACAAAAUACAGGCAGAAGGUGGAAUGAGGCGAGGCAACAUGGGCCACCUCACCCGGAUAGCCAAUGCUGUGGUACAGAACAUGGAGAAGGGCCCCAUGCAGACUCAGAUUAGCGAGUUCAUUAAAGAGCUGCCCGAAGACUGCAGAGGGAGAUGGGAGAGUUUUGUAGAAGAGACGCUGAUGGAAACAAACAGGAGGAAUACGGUGGAUUUGGUGAGCACUCACCAUCUGCACUCUUCCAGUGAGGAUGAAGACAUUGAGAGUGCUUUUCCCAAUGAACUUUCUCUCCAACAGGCCUUCUCUGAGUACCAGAUCCAGCAGAUGACAGCUAACUUCGUGGAUCAGUUUGGCUUUAACGACGAGGAGUUUGCAGACCAGGACGAUAACAUAAAUGCUCCUUUUGACAGGAUUGCAGAGAUAAACUUCAAUAUAGAUGCAGAUGAUGACAGCCCCAAUGCUUCCCUCUUUGAAGCCUGCUGCAACGAACGAAUCCAACAGUUUGAUGAUAAUGAGGAGGAAGAAGAUAUCUGGGAAGAGAAGGAGAUAACCUAUGCAACACAAGUUAAAUCAAGAACACGGUUUGGAGCAUCUCAGACCUCAGAGAGUUCAAAAAGUGAUCUUGAGAACGGAGAUCAUGAUGGUAGUGUCGACUCAGAAGAAGAAGAGGAAACAGAACAGCAGGUGCCUCCUUCCUCAGCAAACAGCAACAAGAAUAAUGUUUCUGAGCAGAAAGAUUCAGACUCUUCUGAAGGGUCUGGCUGGACAGCUGUGUUUGAGCCCGUGAACUCAAAGCCCCCCGCCCCCUGUGUUGCCAUGGAUGUUGGAUCAAGUGUAUGGGAUUCAGCAGCCCCAGAGAACACCACGCCAGAGGAGAAAGGAUGGGCAAAGUUUACAGACUUCCAGCCUUUCUGUUGCUCAGAAUCAGGUCCACGAUGCAGUUCUCCUGUGGACACAGAAAGCAACGAUUCCGAUGGCAACCCGAAGCAGAGUCAGGACAAGAACUUCAGCGCUGCCUCGCCCUGCGUUUGGAACGUCUGCGUUACGAGGAAGGCGCCGCUCGUGGCCUCGGACAGCAGCUCCUCGGGCGGCUCGGACAGCGACGAGGAAGACGACAAAGCCGAUGUGGUCACGGAAACCAUCAGCACAGGCUCAGGCCAGGAAACCAUCAAGCUGACCAUGGACGCUAAGAACGAGAAGGCAGUUUUCACCAGAGUAUUUAGACCUGCAGGCAGAGGUGAUGCAGACUGCAUGGUUAUUGAUAAGCUGGCCAUCACGGACAUCGGAACGACAAAAGCUUCCAAACCACUGAACAACGUGGCCCAGCACCCGGAGGAACACCAGAACACAGCGGCUGUUGUUACAGCUGUCACGGAAACAGCCACAAAAGACAGGAAAGAAGAAGUCUUGCCCUGUGCUGAAGCCACAUUAAAUGGCCCUGCUUGAUGAAACAGAUGCAAUGGGACGUGUGUGAUCCAGGCCAGGCUGCUACCUGGUGAUGCAAUUUGUCAAUUUUUUUUUUCAUUUUAAUUUUAUUUUUUAAUAAAUGCUGCAUUGAUGAGAGAGCUGGCAUUCAGGACCAGACAUGCAGUUUCAACACCAACAAUCUGUUCUGAAAGACACUUGCAUUGUCUAAAUGUAGCAUUGAUCAGUUAGUCAUCACAGGAAUGAUGGGGUUCUUCCCAAGCAAGCCUUCUGCCUAAUUUUAGUUCCUUGUCCCCUUCCCUCUCUCCCUCGUUUUUGUUUUGUAUUUGGGGUUCAGUCCUAUUUUCUUAGUGUUAUUGCACACAGUAUUCAGCUUCUCUUCAGAAAGGUAGCAGGUCUAACGCUGGGACUUGGACAGUGCACAGGAGUCCCGCAGUCGUGUGACCAAAGUUCCUGAUGGAGCUGUCUUUGGGCAGCAUUUGCACCGCUUUUGUAUAGCAAUAAAGCCUUAUCAGAAACAUUUCAUAGGAGGAAAAGAUGCAAACACUUUAAAUGGGAUGAGGCAGGGAGGGCUUUUAUUUUACAUUUUUGUGGGGUGGGAGGGAAAUCAUUGACAUCAUCCCAAGCCAGAGGCCAGGUAGCUAACUUACCGUAAUGCUGAACCGUCUUGAGAAGCGGGAAGGCUGCGUUCCGGUGAAUUGCUCAGUGCUCUCUCUUGGGAGACGGGACAGUUCACUGCAGGAUCUUGGGUCGUUUAGCAGUUGGCCUCUUCUGUCCGAGCCAUCAAAACUCAACUUCCCGGAUGUCGUCCUCAGUUGGCUGCAGAGUAUGCAAAGAAGGUAGCAUGUUGUUUGCCAGCUGAGAGGAUAAUGAUCCACUGGACUGCUGCCGUGCAGGAACAAGAGCAGAUAUGGCACAAACAGGUUAUCAGGUGUUUGCUGGCUUUUUGGAGACUAAUGUAUUUUCAAAUUAUUAUGGAAAUCCUUUUCUGUUUGUUUUGUUCUGUUUUUAAAGUUUUUAAUGGAUGCAGGAACAGCAACACUUUUGCACUUUGUACCUAGUGACAACAUUGGAGAGUGAAACGGCCCCAGCACAGGACUCCUGCUGUUCCUUACCCCCAGGCAGUCGGGCACGGAGAGGUUGGGGGGGACGUGCCGCUGCCUUGGGAUGGUAGAGUAAAACAGUACGGAGAAACGGACUGCGCUUCAAACUGCCUGGGAGCAAGGUCAGUUAAAGAUGUGUACUUGACCCUGGAACACAGGAUCUCCUGCACAGGCUGAAGGACCUACUCCUGUAAAGACUGCACCAGCUUCAGACACAGGUCUGCGCUGGUUUGUGCUGGUCUCUGCAUUGAGCUUGUUCCCAGACUGGACUUGUGCACAUAGAUCAUACGGGUGUAGACGUUGGGCCACGUGCAGAACCAGGCUCGGGCUGGUAGCAGCAGAUCGCCGUCACCAGUGCUCGUUCUCUACCCCUAGACUAGAUGCAGAGCUGGGCCUGCUUUUGUGUGUAAGCUGUAUGCUGAAAUCCACCUGUCAAAUGUUAAAUGCCGCUUAUUUUAUUAGUCCAAGAUCUAAGCUGGAAAAUCAUUCACUUUGGAAUAAAAGCAUGAAGCUUGACACAUAGGUAGCCAAAUAGCUUAUUUUCUGAUAUAUUCUCACUUGUGCAUAACGAGGGACUUUACCCUGUGAGUAUGACAAAGUACCUCACACAGAUCUGUUGUUAUGAGCAAAGGCAUCCUAGCCAAACUUCAGUCUUUAAAAAAAAUACUUUAUUUUUAACUGUGAUAUGUAUGUAGUGCAUAUGAAAAUUUCUUAACUGUGUUGAGAGGUGGUGUGUGGGGGGGAGUGAGAUGAACAAACUGUUUUCGCUGUUAGAGUCAGUCUGUUCUGCUGGAUCAGUAUCCGACGGUGACGUACCCACAGCACGAGGCUGUCAUAUGCCCAAGGAUUACAUAUUUUCGUUCUUGCUCUUAAGGAAGGUUGAGGAUUUGAUUUGUUAGAAUGCCAGCUAUGGAGAUCGGAGUGCAGAAAGCAGGAUGAGAUUAUUACUCUGUGCAUCUUCGAAGUUGCGUGCUGGGGUUGUGGGCCACCUGUGUGCUGCUGACAUAGCUGUGAUUUCUCUCAGCUGCAAUUACUUGGUAAGCAGGUGCUUUCAUGGCACAGUACUGUUGUUCUGGAAGUCUUCUCACUCCCUCCUUGUAAUUUAAAAUAAAUAAUUUAAAGAUACUUUGUGCUAGAAGGAGAAAUCUCACUUUCUGCUUCGGUUACCCCGCUUGCUAUAUAGAGAUCAGUCCCACUCCUAGCCCGGGUUUUCAGAAGUGAUUAGUAGUUCUGAGUUCCUGAUUGGAGACACGUUAAAGUCUUAAUUUUCAGAGGAUUGGUGCUAGAGAUUUUCUGAAAAUCAGGUUCUCUUGAGGGCGUUCUAUAAACACCCGAAAGUGAGACUAUGAAAAAUCAUUCAGCAAUUACAGACAGCAUCGGUGCAACUGAUUCCAGCAGCUGACUGAAGGCCGUGGUUGGGCUUCGGUCCCAGUAAAUCCCGGGUGAUGAUGGCAGUUCCUUCCCAGUCUCUUCUCUUUCACUGUUCCUGACUGUAGUGCUUGCGGGCUCCACCGUGCCACAGCUCUGACCAGGUCUGUUCAGGACCGCCAAUAGCAGGCACAAUUUGAUCUUUCUCGUGGCUUGAUAGGUUUUCAGCUACCUUGUUAGACUUACAAAUGAUCUUUGCAUUCGAUUGUCGUAGGCCGGGGUUACCUUAAGCCAUCAGGCUGGCUGAUGUUGCAGGGACGCUGGUCCCUGCGUGACCUGUUCGUGAUGCCUUGGUUUCGGGAGCAGUAACCCCCUGUGAAGCGGUACUGAGCAGCUGGCAGCAAUAACAUCCUAAAAUGUUUCAGAAGGAUAUGCAAGGACCUGUCUGUCUGUGCCUUUGGUUGCAUAUUCUCAACCUGUUGUUCGUUAUCUGUUGGCUUCGAGUCUGUAAAUGUAAAUGAAAGCUUUAAUGAUGUAUUUACAACCUUCCCAGUAAGCAGACCUGGAGGUAUAGUGUAGUUACCGAGGGGAUCGUUACCUGAGUUCAUUAACUUGAUUGCUUGUGUCCAGUUACUUACGUUAAAAGGAUUUACCCAUAGUUAAAAAGACUGUAGAAAUGCAUAAAGUCUCUUGCUUUUGUGACGGGGGUGUGAUCCCUCCACACGUGGGACUGAAGCUCCGAACUAUACCUCACUGGUACCAUAGGAUUGUUCUCACACCAGCCAACAAACUGAUCUAGGAGGAGUUUCUGACCCCUGGUAUCGUGGAGUCUGAAGCUCAGAGCAGGUCCAGAGUCAGGUGAUGGCUUCCUCACCGGGCUCACGUGGUUUUCCUAGCUAAACUGGGCACACAAUUCUUUCCUUUUGUGAAUUGGAACUUCUCGUGGAUCUUGAGUCGCGGUGUUUGUGUGCAGGGCUCCCACUGCCUCUCCCGGUCCUCACUGCUGUCUGAGCUUUCUUGCUUGCUGUCCCAGCCCCGUGCCAAAGCGGCGUGGCAGCCGGGUGGUCUGACUGCUCUUCUGUUUGCAGGUGCCCUUAAGACACCUUCAGGGACGGGGCAGCAGCUGGGUGAAGCCUUCCUCAGCGCAGCCCAGCGCUGUGUCCGCGGUGGCAGUUCCCAGGAGAGGCGCGUUACCUUCCCGCCGAGCAGGCAGUAAGGGAAGGGCUGUCACUCAGGGUCGGAGCAGGACAUGCUGUCUUCCAAAAAGGAUUGAUGUAACCCGGCUGUAUCCUUU